AUGGCGGCUGUCGCGGGUUCGGCCGCGGCUGGAUCGCGGUUAGAGACAGCAGCGCCUGUUGACAGCUCCAGCAAGAGAGGGUGGACCGAGCACGAGACGGAAACGAUUGAAGUGGAUGAAGAUCUGGCCAGCGAACUCGACGAUGAAAGUGGAGACGCAAGUAGCUAUGCGACAUCGUUGGCGUCGAGUGUGGUCGAUUACCCGUUUGAACACGGGCGGCGAUAUCAUGCGUAUCGCGCAGGGAGAUACUCGCGGCCAAACGACGAGCUGGAAAUGUACCGGCUGCAACUCAUGCACAAUGCCGUGACAACACUCAUACACGGACUCUAUGUGGCGCCUGUCGACAAGAACAAGACCCGUCGAAUCCUUGACAUCGGGACAGGCAGUGGUAUCUGGGCAGUAUCCAUCGCCGAUGAUUUCCCCGACGCCAAGAUUAUCGGCAACGACCUAUCAGCCACCCAAGCAGAGUUUGUCCCGCCCAACGUCCGUUUCGAAGUCGACGACGUCGAAGACCCGUGGGUGUACCCGGCCAAGUUCGACUGGAUUUUCUGCCGGUACAUGGCUGCCUCCAUCUACGACUGGCCAAAGCUCAUGGGCCAGAUCCUUGAAAACCUCAACCCCGGUGGCUACGCCGAAUUCCAAGACUUCAACCUAACCUACUACUCCGAAGACGGCUCCCUGACCCCCACCCACGCCCUGCGCGAAUGGAUCGAAACCCUCACCGGCGCCGCCGACUCUCUCGGGCGGGACUCCAACCCGGGCUCAAAACUCGAAGGCUGGGCGCGGGCGGCCGGGUUUAAGGAUGUCACGCAUCGCCGGUAUCGCAUGCCCAUCGGCACGUGGGCGCGCGAUAGGACGCUGAAGGAGGCGGGCGCGUGGAAUAUGUUGCAGGUGCUGAAUGGGUUGGAGGGGCUGUCGAUGAGGUUGUAUACGGCGGUGUUGGGGUGGACGGAGGAGGAGGUGUGGGUUUUGUUGGAGAGGGUCAAGAGGGAUUUGGCGGAUCCGGGGGUGCAUGCUUUGUUUGAGUUACACGUUGUCUACGGACAAAAGCCAGAGUAG